CGCGUAGAGUAACCGCUUCCGCUCCAGUCCACACAGGUGCCUUCACCCCAACAAACACUCCUCUUUUCAUUCGUUCAAUCCGAUCCUUCACCUUCACGUGCGUUCUUGUUCUCACGCUUGUCUUCAACACUCAGAAUCCGCACCUCUUCUCUCUCUGGAGUCUAGAUUAUCGACCAGAAUCAUUCUUCAGAUCUGAAUCUUUUUAGGGCACGCACAGAGGAAAGGGAAGAUGUGCUGUGGCAGCAGGAUGUGCAUGCUGUGCACCUGCUUGAUCCUGGUGGUGAUCCUGAUCGGUCUCUUGUUCGGAUUUGGGGUUUUCAGCGAUGGAUUUCACAAGCUGAAGGACACGCUGCACGUUGACGGUGGCGGCGCCACCGUCAGUUCUUCCUCCGGAAGGCCAUUCUUAGGUUUCUCUGAUCCUCCUCAUUAGUAGGGUUUUUUUUUUUGGGGGUUCGAUUCUUGUUCGUAACUGUUGCAGAUGCUACCUUCUUGUAGAUAGAUAAGGUUCUGACUCUUUCGAUUAUUUCCCUCUUCCUUCUUGAUCUUCUUCUUGUUAUUCGUAAAGUAGAAAACGAUUUGGAUUGGAAUUUCGUUGGAUUUGGUUCUGAAUUUUAUGGGUCUUGAUCUCUGUGACCGUGAUUGAUUUAUCCUUAAUUUUAUCUUGUGCAUUAUGCGUUUGACAGUUAGUGUACUGGGUGGACAGAUUUGUUUUUCUCCCCGAUGCCGGGGUUG